AUGGCCAAACACGUCGUGUUCGAUAUUGUCGGGACCCUCGUCAGCUUUGAAGCCUUCUACAACCGCAUCGACGAAACCAUUGGAGAGAAGCUACGCGCCAAUGGCAUUCCAGCGCAGCUCUUUGGAGCUUUCUGGAUGACCUCUGCGGAACUCGAAUUCACCUUCCUCUCGAUCAGCUCCCGGCACAGAUCAUACAAGGAUGUCAUGAAAGCAGUCUUCUACCGCUCCCUCGGAUUCGCUGGUAUCAAAGACCCAAGAGCGUUCGCCACCGACGAAGAACGAGACAAGUGUCAGGAAGGCUACUCUCUCCUAGCCCUGCGUGAGGGCGCCAAGGAGUGCAUCGAAAUACUUCGCAAGAACGACUUCCAAGUCUGGUGUCUGACCACUGCAGACAUUGCAAGAGUCCAGGGUUACUUCCAGCGGGGUGGCGUCGACAUGCCUGCAGAUGCGUUUGUGAGCUGCGACUCCCAGGGAGUGGCCAAACCUGCCUUGGCUGCGUACAAGCCCAUCUUCGAGAAGCUUGGUAAAGAGGAUCAGAAAUGGUUCGCCGCAGCGCAUAUGUGGGACGUCAGUGCCGCCAGGCAGGUUGGCUUCAAGGUAGACAUCUCGCAGUUCAACGGUCCCCAGUUCCAUGCUAACAGUGCUCAGGGUGCUUACUGCUCGGCCUACGAGAAAGAAGAUUGUCUGGAAAUCUUCGGUGGUGAGAUGGAAGUCAUGGCCGACACACUGGUGGAAAUGGCUCAGAAGCUUGUUCAAUAG